UCAGAGCUCUGAGAGACACAAUGAAGGAAACAUCUGUCAGAUUUCUGCUCACAGCUGCUCUGACUGUGACUCCCAGCAGCUCUCAGUUCUUUGACGAAGACUCUUUGUCUCUGAGCUGUGAGGAGAACAGCAGCUCUGCUGGAUGGACUGUAUGGAGGAACACAACCAGAGGAACCGAGACUCGAUGUGAAGAUGGAUAGGGGGAACCAGCUGGUUCUACCUGUAAGAUGAAUUACAUCGUCCCAGAGGACAGUGGAGUUUACUGGUGUUCGUCCAGAGAGGGAGCAGCCAGCAGCAGCAUCCAGCUCACUGUCACUGGUGGAUCAGUGAUCCUGCAGAGUCCUGUCCUCCCUGUGAUGGAGGGGGAUAACGUCACUCUGAGCUGUCUAACAAAGACCACUCCCUCCAACCUCCCAGCUGCUUUCUUUAGAGAUGAUGCUUUUAUUGGCAAUGAACCUUCAGGUCGCAAGACCCUCCGUCAUGUGACCAGCUCUGAUGAAGGCCUCUACAGGUGUAACAUCAGGGGUCAUGGAGACUCUCCAUCCAGCUGGUUCUAUGUUCAAGGUUUUUUCAACACUGAUAACAAAACCACCUGUCAUGUUAAAUUCUCUUUACAUGUAAAUUAACCCCAGCUCCACCAACAUUUAUAACUCUGCCCAUC